UUGGACAGUUCAUCGCGAACAAUGGAAACGUUCCUUCGUUUAUUCGGGAUUUCCUCCAACGACAAUAGAAUCGACCAAGCGACGGGUUUAACGGAGAAACAGAAGAGAUUAGUUCAAAACACGUGGGCUGUGGUUAGAAAGGACGAAGUGGGCUCCGGAAUUGCCGUGAUGACCGCAUUUUUUAACAAAUACCCAGAAACACAGCGACAGUUCAGCGCAUUCAAGGAUAUUCCAUUAAACGAACUGCCAAACAAUAAAAGGUUUCAGGCUCAUUGCACCAGCGUAAUUACGGCCUUAAGUAAUGUCAUCGAUUCCUUGCACGACCCAGGAUUAAUGGAGGCAAGUCUGAUCGGCUUAGCUGAGAGGCAUAAAAAACGCGGUCAAAGAAAAGUGGAAUUUCAGAAUUUGAAGGAUGUAAUACUGGAAGUUCUUCAUCAAGCAUUGAGAAAACAAUUCACUCCGGAAGUAACUGAAGCGUGGGACAAAACCCUAAAUGCAGUGUUCACGAAAAUAUAUCAAGUUUAUGCAGUUUGA